CACGGGAGUCUUCGGUUCGUAGAGGCGGUGCUAACACCGUUGCUACUAGCUCAUCGCCAUAAGGAUGAUGCUCUGCGGACCAGCUCCCGUCUGGUCGUCGUCAUCGUCUUCCUAAGGUUGAUGGUGACGCGACCAGUUUUCCUUCUUCUGCUCGACGUGACUUUGUCAUGAUCGUUGCCCUUUUCCAAUGCACCGAGCGUUCGACGGCGCGACCAUCACCGUCACCAUCGCGUCUCUCCCAGCAUCUCUCCCUACGAUGGUCUUCAUGGACUGCGUACGACCUUCGUCGGUCUCGUCUCAUCUUCAUCCGUGCAGGUUCUCUUCGUACAGACCUCGGUCGUACACCCUGUUACGCACCAGCUACGUACCCCUUGGGUCUCGGCUCUCAUCUCCAUCCGUGCAGGUUCUCUUCGUACAGACUUCGGUCGUAUACCCUGUUACGCAUCAGCUACGUACCCCUUCGGUUUCGGUUCUCAUCUCCGUCCGAGGCAGGUUCACUUCUUACAGACUUAGGUCGUAUACCCUGUUACGCACCGGCUACGUACCCCUUCGGUCUCGGUUCUCGUCUCCGUUCCAGCAGGUUCACUUCUUUCAUGACUUACGUCGUAUACCCUAUUACGCACCGGCUACGUACCCCCAGGUCUCGGUUCUCAUCUCCGUCUCAGCAGGUUCACUUCUUUCAUGACUUUACGUCGUACUCCCUUUCUUCGCUGGCUUUGGUCCCCUUUUGGUCUUUGUUUCGACUCGUGUCUCCAGAUCCCGAAUCGAUGCAUUGACGCCGUG